AUGGCCUCGUCGCGGUUCUCCUUCCUAGCUGCGUCGCUCGCGGUUCUGCUCCUCGCCACGGCGAGCUGCGCGUUCGCGGCUCGACGCGUCGCCCCCCCUAAGGCCGCCGCAUGCGCCAAAUCGACUCUGUCUCCGUACUCCAAGUCUGUCAAGCUCACACCUGACGGCCUGUUUCUCCUGCACUGGAACCUCACCAAGACGAACGACGGAAUCAUCGCUGCGAUUGAGGCGAAGAAGGGCAGCGGCGCCGAGGCGGGCUGGAUGUCCAUUGGCUGGACGAAGACAGCUACCAAAAUGGUUCCCUCCGACGUGGUGGUGGGGAAUUUGGCUGCAGCCGCGCCGAACAAUGUGGUGGCUUACACGAUGACGAGCAAGGUCUACCCGACCGGGAUGCAAACGACAACUGCCGCCGCCGUGGCUCUCUCGGCGACAUCUGUGGAAACCACCGCUGCUGGUGGCACGAUUGUCAAGUUCACUCGCAAAGGCAAGGGCAUUAAGGCGCCGAUCGCAAACUACAAAGCGGGCGUCAAGAACAUGAUCUGGGCCUUCUCGGACACCCAGGAUUUCACCACGGGUUACCACAUGCAGAGGGGGAGCAUCGCUGUCAACUUCGGAUGCUAG